GGAGGAGGAGGGGGGGGGCGCCUUUCUUCAACAGGAAGCAGAGCGUUUAGUGGCGUUUCACAGCCCUCUUCAGCCGCCGCUAGAACGCAGGAAGAGACGGAAUAUUCACAACGUUAAUGAACCCGAGGGACUCGGCAGGGUUUCCGGCGGACCAAACGCUUCCAGUAAUCCACUGAUGAACUGUGGUCAAGGUUUGUGAGGGGAGCCAUAAUGGUGUCACUUAAAGAGGAGCUCUUGAAAGCUCUACGGGACUUAAAAGAAGAGGAGUUUGAGGAAUUCAAGUGGUGGAUGAAGGAGGAUGAAAUCGUGGAGGGCUAUACAGGCCUCCCAAUGGAGAAAGUGGAGAAAGCAAUAAGGACGACCAUGGUGGAUCUGAUGGUCCAGAAGUAUAGCGGACCCGGAGCCAGGAAGAUCACCGCAAAGAUUUUAGAAAAGGUUGGCAGAAAUGAUCUGGUGCAGCGAUUCCAAAAUACCAGCAACGAUGUUACCCAAGAAGAAAAGACUGAAAGAAAGAACCCAGAUUUAAAGUGGGUCCAGCAGUACGCAGUGGAUGUGACUCUGGACCCUGACACGGUCCAUCCUCAUCUCGUCCUGUCCGCUGACAGGAAACAAGUAUAUCACAGCGAUGUGAGGAAGACGCUACCGGACCACCCCAAGCGAUUUACCAGAUGUGUGAACGUCUUAGGGAAGCAGGGUUUCUCUUUAAGAAGAUUUUACUUUGAGGUUCAGGUAAAACAAAAGACUGCCUGGGCUUUGGGAGUGGCCAAGGAGUCAAUCAACAGAAAGGUACGUGUCAAGGCGGACCCAGAGAACGGCUACUGGACCCUAAUGAUGACGGCUGGAGAGGAGUAUAGAGUCAACAGUGAUGAUCCCAUUCAUCUCCGUCUGAGUUGCCCCCUUCAGAAAGUGGGGGUGUUUGUGGAUCAUGAAGAGGGCGUGGUCUCCUUUUAUGACGUAGAGGCCGCAGUUCAUCUCUACUCCUUUACCGGCUGCUCCUUCACCGAGAAGCUCUACCCCUUCUUCACUCCUUUCACUAACAAUGGCGGUGAAAACUCAGCCCCUCUGAUCAUCUCUCCCGUCAACCAACAUCUGAAAACGCAUUUCGUCACCGAUCAAACAGAAGAUUAUGAAAAGAAGAAGACCGAGCUUAUGAGCGUGCAGCAGUUCGCGGUGGAGGUGACUCUGGAUCCUGACACGGCGCAUCCCAACCUCAUCUUGUCUGGUGACGGGAAGCAAGUAUACCACGGCGACUUGAGGAAGAUUCUACCGGACACCCCGGAGAGAUUCUACAGAUGCGUCAACGUCUUGGGGGAGCCGGGUUUCUCAUCUGGAAAAUUUUACUUCGAGGUUCAGGUUGAACACAAAACUGAAUGGACAGUAGGAGUGGCCAGAGAGUCGAUUGAAAGGAAGGGAGGAAUCACACUUGGUCCUGGCUUUGGUUUCUGGACCAUUUGUUUGGAUGAUGAAGAAUAUGAGGCCGUUGAUAAGCCCUUAGUCCGUCUCUCCCUGGAUCACCCUGUGCGGAAGGUAGGGGUGUUUGUGGAUUACGAGGAGGGCCUGGUCUCCUUUUACAAUGUAGAUAGCGCUGAUCAUCUCUACUCCUUUAGUGGCUGCUUCUUCACCGAGAAGCUCUACCCGUUCUUCAGUCCCUGUACGAACGGUGGCGGUAGAAACUCAGCCCCACUGAUUAUCUCGCCUGUCAAAAAACAAGUGUUUGGUGGGAAGAAAGAAUAUGAAAAGAGGAAGGCUGAGCUUCAGAGGGUGCGGCAGUUUGCGGUGGAGGUGACUCUGGAUCCCGACACAGCUCAUCCCGCUCUCAUCCUGUGGGAUGAUAGAAAGCAAGUAAGCUGCGGGGAUGUUUAUAAAAACCUCCCGGACAACGAUAAGAGGUUUAAAAAAUGCGUUAACAUCUUAGGAAAGGAAAGUUUCUCUUCAGGAAGAUUUUACUUUGAAGUUCAGGUUAAGGGAAAGACCGCCUGGACCGUGGGAGUGGCCAAAGAGUCGAUCAACAGAGCAAAAAGCGUCGUGCUGAGUACUCAAAAUGGUUACUGGACACUGUGGUUGAAGAACGCAGAUGAGUACGAGGCUAACGAUAGCCCAACAGUGGAUCUCUCUCUGAGUCGCCGCAUUCAGAAGGUGGGGGUGUUCGUGGAUUACGAGGAGGGCCUGGUCUCCUUUUACGAUGUAGAUGGCGCGGUGCAUCUCUACUCCUUCACCGGCUGCUCCUUCACAGAGAAGCUCUACCCCUUCUUCAGUCCCUCUACCAAUGACGAAGGUUUAAACUCCGCCCCUCUGACCAUUUCUCCCGUCCCUCCCAGUAGUCAAAAAGAAGAUGGAGAAAAGAAGGCCAAGCUGAUGAGCGUCCAGGAGUUCGCGGUGGAAGUGACUCUGGAUCCCGACACGGCUCAUCCCAGCCUCAUCCUGUCUGGUGACGGUAAGCAAGUAUACCACGGCAAUGUGCGGAAGAUUCUGCCGGACACCCCCGCGAGGUUCUAUAAAUGCGUGAACGUCUUGGGGGAGCAGACCUUCUCGUCUGGAAAAUUUUACUUCCAGGUACAGGUUAAAAACAAGAACGCCUGGACCUUGGGAGUUGUUAAAGAGUCAAUUGACAGGAAGGGAGGAAUUCAGCUAUGUCCCAAAAAGGGCUUCUGGACGAUUUGGCUGAGGAACGGGGAGUACAUGGCCAACGAUGUAUCAGUAGUGAAACUCUCCCCGAAUCAACCUCCUCAGAAGGUGGGAGUGUUUGUGGAUUGUGAGGAGCGUCUGGUCUCCUUUUACGACGUCGAUGCUCAAGAUCUUCUCUACUCCUUCACCAGCUGCUCCUUCUCAGAGAAGCUUGUUCCUUACUUAAGUCCCUGCACCAACGACGAUGGUAUAAACUCCGCCCCCUUGAUCGUCUGUCCCGUCAAUUGAAACCCGUAAUCAUUCGAGUUGAUCGCGGUUCUGAUCUUUGUUGGCAAGGAAACUCCUUUUCAGAGGUGCUAAAGGGUUGAAGGUC